AUGAUGCAAGUAUAAUAAAAAGCCAACAUAGAUGAUCAUUCAAGUGCAGUUUAUACAAUUUGUUACUCUUCUGAUGGAAAUAAAUUUGUAUCUGGAAGUGCAUAUAACUUUACCUGUAUAUGGGAUUUUAAGACAGGAUAAUAAAAAGCCAAAUUAGAUGGUCAUUCAUCAACACAUAAUUCAGUCAAUUUCUCCCCUGAUGGAAAUACAUUAGCAUAUGGUAGUCAUGAUAACUCUAUCCGUCUUCGGAAUGUACAAACAUCAAAAAGGAAAUACUUCAAUCAGAUAGUAGCUAAAAAGAUUUGCUUGCCCAGUUUAAUAUGCCACUUCAGAAUAGCUCCUUUUUGCCAAAUGGUAUUUAUUAUUAUUUAUUAUUUAGUUAAUCCUUAUUUUACAAUACUUAGAAUAUGUUAAAAUUCUUAGUUAGAAAUAUCAGGGACACUUAUCCUUUAAGGACAAUUAAUGA